AACAUCGUUCUCUCUAAUGUGGUGAGGUGAACACAGUGAUCUGGGAUCAAGAAGGCUCGAAUAACAGACACAAGAGAGGAAGACUAUUUAGAACAGCCUUUUCCUCCUCUUUUCUGCUUCUUCAGGAAAGUACCCGCAGACUGCCUUACUGCGGCGCUGUGGACUCUGGGAACAGUUGAAAGAUCCGAAGAUGGCGGCGAGCAGGCGGCUGCACAAGGAACUUGAAGAAAUCCGCAAAUCUGGAAUGAAAAACUUCCGUAACAUUCAAGUCGAUGAAUCAAACAUUUUGACCUGGCAGGGGCUGAUUGUUCCGGACAACCCUCCGUACGACAAAGGAGCGUUUAGGAUCGAGAUCAUUUUCCCCGCUGAGUAUCCGUUCAAACCGCCCAAGAUCACCUUCAAGACCAAGAUCUACCAUCCUAACAUUGAUGAGAAGGGACAGGUCUGCCUCCCAGUCAUCAGUGCUGAAAACUGGAAACCAGCCACCAAAACCGACCAAGUUAUCCAGUCGCUCAUUGCCCUAGUGAACGACCCCCAGCCUGAGCAUCCUCUGAGGGCUGACUUAGCGGAAGAAUACUCAAAGGACCGUAAAAAAUUCUUUAAGAACGCAGAGGAGUUCACAAAGAAACACGGAGAGAAGCGGCCAGUGGACUGAUUCACAAACACACACACAAACCAAACCUGACGAGUGUGUAGCCCCCUGCUUCCUCCUCCUCUUCUUAUUCACAUCCUCUCUCUCUCUCUUUCUCUCUCUCUCUCUUUCUUUCUUUCUUC